AUGCGGUGCUGGUCCUGCCUCAGAUUGUUUGGCCUUUGUGCAACAGUGCGGCUGUUGGAUUUCUGCCAACGCAACGGCCAAUGCGCAGAUGGCAACCAUCGCAGAACUCGAAGUCGUCGGGGGGCUGGAGCUCGGAUCUUGACGCUCCAGCACACAGACUUCCACACCGCUCCACCGUGCAGCAUAGAGGUCUUCGAGACUGUUGUGGGAACCGUUCGAGACCAAGAUGGUCGUAUCCGGCUUGGCGCUCCCCCGGCAUUUCGCCUGCCUUCGCAUGGAGUGUUGUUAGAGAAGGAGGAGAAACGCACCUCCUUCCAUGCCACGAACUUCAAGGAGAAGGUGUGGCAGAUGGUGCAUCAGGGAGGGCCAACUGCCCGGAAAGCAGUUGCUGCAGCCCAAUUUGUAAUGCCCAGAAAGAUACUGAUACAACUUCUCAGAUGGGUAGUGCUAGAUCGAGACUUUGCAGAAAGGAACUGGUAUGACACCAUGAAGCGCAUCGUUUGCAUGCCCACCGUGUUAGAGUGGAUUUCACCGGAAAGGGUUGGUUACGAGACCUGCUUGGCGGCCUUUGCUGUUCGGGCUCGGACUGAGAAGUGGAAACGCUGGGCGGAUUACAGCCAAGCCUUCGAGCGUCUCGCUGCGCCGGGCAAGAUUGGUGAUAACCACGAAAUAGUCAAAUUUGUCCUUGGAGACUUAGAUGUGGCAAUCUACACGGAAGUGGACUCUAGAAGUGAUUCAGGUGAAGCGGUAGAGCUGAAAACGGUCAGCCCUCGAAAGAAAGAGGCGUUUCGGACAUCGCGGGCUUUGAACACGUAUUUCGACCUAUUGUUUUCAAACUGUCAACGUUUGUGUUUGGGUGUCGUUGACAAAGGCAGGCUGACUGAAGUGACGGAGAUGAGUAUCUCCGAUUUACACAACUUGCUGACAGAAGCUGGAGAUGAUCCCAACAUCAUCUUAGGGAGGCUGGCCGCGGCAAUGAAGGUCAUCUACCAGUCUUGCACGACAAAGCGAGCACAAGAGCAGAUGGCUGGACCUUACGAGCUUCGUUACCAGGAUGAUGUUUUGAGUCUGUGGGAGCUGGAGGUAGCUUGA